AUUCUAUUUGAUGAAUCAAAGAAAUGUUUGUUUACACACCGACUGGUUGGCAUGGUGACGUGAGUCGCACUUUCAUCCCUCCAUCAGCACAUCUUUAUCUUUUCCAUCUUUUGACAUUUUAAAUCUUUUACCUCGUCCUUGUCUCCAUCCCCGUCUUUGUCCCCGCAGCAGCAGCGUCUGCGUCUCCAUGGAUACGAGACGCUUUCAGCAGGAGGAGAAGAAAAAAGAUCAAAACAGGAAGUGACAUCUGUUUGUGAUAGUGGAUUCAAUGAAAGACAGAGACUUGCGGACUUCCUUUAAAGUGCUGACACAGAGCAUCUUCUUCAUCACAUGACCUCCGGGUCAAAGUUCAGAGGACGACACAGCAAGGACUGACCUGAGACAGGGAAAGGUCAAAGGUCAGAGGCCAUCAUGGGCUGCAACAUGUGUGUGGUAAAGCGACAGGAGGAGCAGUACCGGGUCAUGCUGCAGCAGAAAGGCUGGAUUCAGUCCCUGCGGCCGUUGGACAGACAUGGAAACAUGAAGGUCCGAGGACGGAGGACAUCUCAGCCUCCGUUAGACAGACCACAAAACUCCCAGGAGCCUUUGCAGCAACACGGCUCAGUGCGUAAGAGUCACAGGAAGAAAGGUACGCUUGUGUGCAGCGGAAACGGGACCAGAAGCUCCUCCCUCUCCUCUGUUGCCAUGGUGGCGAUUCCCAACUGUGUGGACAACGCCACGCAGACGGACAUCAGCUUCCAGAACAUCGUGACCACAGGGAGGAACAGAGGUCACCGAGGAGGCUCUUCCUCCUCCCCUCCACCACCUCCCCCUUCUCCUCCCCUACCUCACCUCCAGGGACCGUACGGCAUCAGUGAAUUCUGCGUGUUUGAGUACAACGAUCCCAACGACUACUUUGACGUCUCGCAUCACGAGGUGGACAGACAGGACGACCUGGAAUACGAGGAGGUGGCGCUGUUCAAGUCCAGUCAGCAGGAGAAGCUGGGUCUGACCGUGUGCUACAGGACAGAAGACGAGGACGACCUGGGCAUCUAUGUCGGAGAGGUGAAUCCAAACAGCAUCGCAGCUAAAAACGGACGAAUCAGAGAAGGCGACAGAAUAUUACAGAUAAACGGAGUGGACAUUAAUAACAGAGAAGAGGCCGUCGCCAUUUUGUCCAGAGACGACAGCAUCAACUUCUCUCUGCUGCUGGCUCGACCGGACACUGAGAAUGAAAAUCCUGCGGAAGACGACGUGGACGUGGACAUGGCUCUGACUCUGGGGAACGGUCUUUUCCAGACUAACCCUCAAGCCUCAGUCUGCUGCCUCAACUCACCUCAUGUCCCUGGGUACUAUCGUCUCCACCGAGACAGAGGACGUGGAGGACGAGAGGUGGAAGUGGAGGAUGAAGACGAUGAAGACGACAGAGACAGAGGAGAGAAGGAGGAGAGGGAGCCGCCUGUCCCCCUCCCUCCUCUGCUGAGUCUGGCUCCACUUCUGUCCAACAGCCAGGAGCUGGACAGCGGCGUGGGACGCACGGACGACAGCACCCGCUGUGAGGAGCUGUCUGAGCAGGAGCUGCAGGGAGAGCAGACCAGCGCCUGUAACACCAGCACCACCAACACACCAGGCAGCACCAGGAAGUUCAGAGCAGGACCCAGUCCCAGACCGAGUCCCAGACCGAGUCCCAGACCGAGUCCCAGACAGAGUCCUAGACCCAGUCCUGGUCUCGGUCCAAGCCCCAGACCGAGCCCCAGUCCGGGUCAUGGACGUGGAGACACCACGCCCCCUUUCCUCCACCUGCGAGACAUUCAGCUCAGCUCAGACUCUCUGCCCGGCCUUGACUGGACAGCAGGGGGCGGGGCAGGGGGCGGAACUUUGUGCAGCCCUCACCACCACCACAAGCACUUCCACCACCAUCACCACCAGCCGCCGCUGACCAUGAUGAUGAUGAUGAUGCCGGGCCUGACGGAGGAAGAGUGUCAGCGAUACCAGGAGCUGCUGGAGGUCAAGUGUCAGUACGAGAGACACAACGACAAACAGCAGAGAGAUGCGGCGACCAAAGGUCACAAGGUCGCGGCUGAGGAAGAGGGGCGGGACGAGGAGGAAGAAGAGAAGGAGGAGGACGCCGCGGCUUCUUCUUCUUCUGUGGUGGACGUGAACUGCAACGAGACCUUCAGCGAGCACGAGAUGGCGCUGAUCGAGGAGGAGCUGCGCCACCUGGAGUUUAAGUGCCGCAAUAUUCUGCGAGCGCAGAAGAUGCAGCAGCUCAGAGAGAGAUGUCUGAAAGCCUGGAUGAUGGAGGAGGAGACGGCGGCGGCAGGAGCAGCACGGACAGAAGCCGAAAUGGUUAACGAUGAAGAGGAUGAUGAAGAGGACGACCCUCACCAUCACGAGUUGUCGGCCAUCAACGAGCUCCCGGAGCGCGAGCGCUCAGACGACAGAGACAGCACCAGCGCCUACAACACCGGAGGAGAGAGCUGCCGCAGCACGCCGCUCGUCAGCACUGAGCAGAUCCCGCCUCUUCAGGAGGAGGAGGCGGAGGAACACCUGAGAGGACGGCGACGGCUCAUGUCUCCGCCUCCUCUCCUCCCCCCUCUGAGCUCCCCGCUAACGCCGCGGCGUCACAGGCAUGACAAAGAGAGACGUCACUCCAACCUCAGCUGCUCCUUUUCCCCGAGCAGCUACAGGAAGUAUGACGUGACUGGUUCAGGCGGGGCCAGUGGCUCAAGCUCCACCCCCUCCACGCCAUCAAAGUUCAGAUCGUUGACCAGAGAGGCGGGGUCAUCUUCAAGAAGGGGUGUGACUGAUAGAGGGCGGGGCUCCAGAGCAGACGGAGCUACCACCAGGCCUGGAGGUGGAAGUGCAGAGUCCAGCCCUUACUUCAGCAGACGACACCACAGGCCGCUAGAGCGAUACCAGAGCUGCAUGGCCCUGCCCUCCGACACCCUCGUCGUCCCUCUGGACUGCGUGAGGGACAGAGCAAGGGCCGACGGCGAGGAGAGGGGGAGGGGCACGGGCAGUAGCGGACCGGCCAGUCCCAGGAGCGUAAACAGUGCCCCCUGUGGCCUGGAGGAGCGCCACACAAGUGCCUCGCGAUUAGGACUGGCCUUACCGCUCGCGUUGACGCAGUCAUCACCAACGGCCUCGCCACAGCGUGUGGAGUGGAAGGUGAAGAUCCGCAGCGACGGCACGCGCUACGUGGCCAAGCGUCCGGUCCGGGAUCGUCUUCUGAAGGCCAGAGCCAUAAAGAUCAGAGAGGAACGCAGCGGCAUGACGACCGACGACGACGCCGCCAGUGAGAUGAAGCAGGGUCGAUACUGGAGCAAAGAGGAGAGGAAGCAGCAGCUGCUCCGAGCGCGAGAAUACCGACGCAGACGAGAGUUCAUGAUGCAGAGUCGCCUCGACUACCUCAGAGGAGACAGGGAACAUUCACCGUCCACAGGAAGUACGCUGGAGUGCUGCUCCCCUCGCGGCGCUCGGCUCCGCUCCCAGCAAGAGUCGCCCAGCAACAGCAACAACAUCCUGUCACUGAGUCAGAAGAAGGUGAUGAAGAAGAGGAACCGCAGAAUCCUGGACAACUGGAUCACCAUCCAGGAGCUGCUGGCUCACGGCUCCAGGUCCCCGGACGGAAAGAAGAUCUACAAUCCGCUGCUGUCUGUCACCACGGUGUGACGAGAGGACGAGGAGGACGAAGACAAGGAGGACGAAGACGAGGAGGAGUACGGAGACGAGAAGCUCCUGAAUUAAUCAAACUAAAGUUCACAAAGACAAGUUUGAAAAAUCUGGAGGAACAUUUUUACUCUCAAUGACAUCAUCCUGGCAAUGAAUUAUGGGAAAAGAGGGACAUUUGUGGACAUCCACGUGUUUACCGCACGUUGUUUAGUCUUCAGUGAAGGAACACGAGAUUCUCCACGACGUCUAUGAUCAUGUUUCUAAUUAGAGAUUAAAUUUGAAAUAAUUUCACCAUUUUUUUAACUUACAGAAUAUAAUUGAGUGAAUCCUCUACGUUUUGUAUUAAUUGUAUGUUCCAUUUUUAGUCGCAACUUGAGAUUUCCAACCCCGAUACAGCAUUCCAAGAUGGAUGUCACUCCUACUAACGCUUUACAUUAAUUUCACGUCUGUCGUGUUUGGUCUCGCGUUAAAUCAGACGUGAAAGGCAGAACUGUUAAAUUUGUACACACGUUACGAUGUUUGUGUGCGCAGAAAAAAAAAUGUGUAGAGUGUUGUUAUCGACUGCUAACGGCUAGCCAA